GGUUGGUUCGCGUCGUCGUUUCUACGUUUUCCCACGAAUUAAAUGGCCUUCCCGCGAAAAAGAGCGCGUUGCAUCUACGUCAGACAUGGGGGAUGUUAAGGAGAAAAUCGGAAUAGAACGCAACAGGGUGUAAAGUGUGCACUCUCAUUAGACUUCGAAACGAAGAACGUGUUCGAUUUUAUUCGUCGGAAAAUGUGCGGAAGAUUCUGACAAACGUAUUUACGUGCACGCCUUUUGAAUUUUGGUUAGGAAUAACUGCUAAUUAAUGGGAAAAUAAGGCCUUUUUGGGCUGAAUUAUAUUUGAAGCAAUUAGAAGAAUCACGACUGAAUUCUCACGCUUCAGAGAAGCAAACUGAGGAUUACUGAAUUUUAUAUACCCGAUAUUUAUUAGUGACGACACAAUGAGUGUACAGACUACGAUACCUUUUAGUAUUAGAAAGAAAUGCUCCUUUUAUGGAGUCAAGGAGAAUACUCCCAAGCAGGACUUUACAAAUGCCACUCUUAAAGGCGUUCCAAGUGUUAGAUAUACUCCGACUGUGAAGAAAUUGAUGACUCUAAGUAGUAGCGAGUCCGAAACUGAUUCCGAUAUUGAGAAUUCCACUCUGGAAGAAAACUCGAGGAGUGUUAAGAAAAUGAUCGUUGGAACGCCGAGGCGAACACGGAAGGCAAGCAAUUCGGAUGAUGAACAUGGGUCUACGCCUCCAAAACUAAAGAAAGAAGAAAAGGAUUCGGCUCCUGUUACACCAUCAACGCUUUUCAAUCGCCUUAAUUUGUUAGCAUCACCAGAAAGCAGCGAGAGAAAGGCUCCUAAAAGAUUAUUCUCCUCGGAUAAGUAUCGUUCUGCUAGAAAAGCUUUACAUAGUUCAACCCCAGAAAGUUUACCGGGAAGAGAAUCGGAAUUGGCUCAAUUGCGUAAGUUUAUAGAUGAGCAUUUGAAAAAUGAAACUUCUGGAUCCCUUUACAUUUCUGGGCCACCUGGUACUGGAAAAACUGCAUGUUUAUCGAAAACCAUGCUCCUACCAGAAUUUAAAACAGCUAUUAAAACAAUUUACGUUAACUGCACUGCUAUGAAGACAGCUGCCACUAUUUAUGGUAAAAUCAUACAAGAACUCGGCUUCCCAGCACUAAAGUCAGGAAAAAACAGUAAAGCGGUAAUAGAGAAAUAUCUGGCAUCUAAUCAUAAGAUGUUACUACUCGUACUUGACGAAAUAGAUCAAUUGGACAGCAAGAAACAAUCGGUGCUCUACUCAAUAUUUGAGUGGCCCUCAAAGCCAAAUUCAAAGUUGAUUUUAAUUGGCAUUGCCAAUGCUCUGGAUCUUACGUAUAGAACAUUGCCAAGGUUACAUGGACGAUGUGAAUUAAAACCAAAAUUGAUGAAUUUCACGCCCUAUUCCAAACAAGACAUAAUCAACAUUAUAUCCGAAAGACUUAAAGAAGCCGGGGUGGCUGACGUGUUCACCAGUACCGCAAUGCAACUUUUAGCAGCAAAGGUAGCUGCUGUUUCCGGAGACAUCAGAAGAGCUUUAGAUGUAAGCAGAAGAGUCGUCGAACUUGCAGAGGACCACAAAAUGAUACAAGUUCUGCAGCCUACUAACGAUAAUGAGUCAAACACAGGUAGUCCCAAAAAGCAACAACCACCGCUAAUGGAAGCUUCGGUUGGCUUAAAGGAAGUCAUGACAGUAUUAAAUGGGGUCUAUGGUGGUUCUCAAAACGUUGACACGGUUGAAAGUACAUUUCCUCUACAGCAAAAGUUGCUGUUGUGUUCUCUUAUGCUCAUCCUCAACAAAAGUCACUGUAAAGAUGUUACCGUUGGCAAGUUGCACGAAGUAUAUAAAAAAGUCUGCCAAAAGCGCAAUAUACAUACUGUGGAUAUCUCCGAGUUCGUGAGCUUGUGUUCCCUUAUUGAGACCAGGGGAGUGUUACGACUGAUUAAGAAAAAAGAUGCUCGGCUUUACAAAAUUCAACUUCAGUGGGACCAGGAUGAAAUGGAAGCUGCUUUGCAAAAUAAAGUUAUGAUGGCUGAAAUCAUAAAUGACGUCAGUUGUUUGUAACAAAACUUGAAUAUUUUAUAGUAUUUAGUGAAAAAUCUACAGUAUUCGUUAAAUUAUUGAUUUGUAUACAUGAAUUAAUUUAAUUUUGUCCAUUGUGUCUAUUUGACAUGAUGUCUACAAAAUUCAUUGACAAUGGAGCAUUACCACUUGCCAGUGUUAACAUGUAUCAUAUACUGCUUCAACACUGUAACUUAUGUAAUUCAUUUUGUUGGAAUGUAUGUUGCCUGUUUCCCGUUAUACGUAAAAAAUAAAUUUUCAGAAACAUUACCUCGAACUUCA